AUGAUCUCUACAAAGGCUCUGCUAGCUGCCGCCACUUGGCUAGGUAGGAUAGCAGCCUGGAAUACAGAUGUACACAAUCAGAUUGGCUUCAUGGCCGAAGCCUUCCUCUACCCUGAAACAACUUUGGUCCUCACCGAAAUCCUCGAACCGCAGUACAACGGCUCUAUAGGCCGCGCAGCUGCAUGGGCAGAUGGCUACGCGCACACGACCGAAGGACGCUUUUCGUACCAAUGGCACUGGAUAGACACAUACGACCAUCCGCCGCAGCAAUGUAGCCUCAAUUACACGAGCGAUUGCGUUGAGGGAGGCUGCAUUGUCAGCGCCAUUGCUAACCAGACUGGGAUACUGAAGGGCUGUAUCGGCGAUGUGAGGGCCGGCCUCUUGAAUGGAGGCAGCAAUCUGACGUGCUCAUAUGCACUCAAGUGGGUGUCACAUUUCCUCGGUGACAUUGCUCAACCGCUACAUGCGUCUGGACGUGCUGCAGGAGGGAACUUUUACAGGGUCAAGUUUGCCAACGUUUCGACCGAGCUGCACGCUGUCUGGGACGGAUUUAUCCCUUACUACGCCGCCAAGGUCGACAAGCCUUUCUCGAACCACUCGAUCGAUCCCUUCUUCGAGAACCUAGUUUCUAGAAUUCGCAGAGAUGGCUUCUAUGAAGCUCCAUACAUGUGGGCAGCUUGCAGCGAGCCAUCCACACCCGUGAAGUGCGCAGCAACUUGGGCUACGGAAAGCAAUAAGUGGACGUGCGACUAUGUCUAUCGACGUCUUCAUGGGGACGAAGAUCUUGGCUACAACGGCUAUGCAGACGGAGCGGUCCCAAUUGUCGAGUUGCAAAUCAGCAAGGCUGCUUACAGGCUUGCUACAUGGCUAAACAAGUUAGUUGGCGCCCAAGGACCAGAUUCUGAGGGCCAGGAAGUCUCUGAACUAUAA